CUCUUGAUGAUGCUUUUGAUUCCUUCAAUUAUAUGAUUCAUAUGCACCCAACUCCUGCUAUGUCUUCCUUCUGUAUUUUGUUUUCUGCACUUGUUAAGAAAAAACAUUUUGAUCAACUUCUUGUGAUGUACACGAGAUUCAUUUCAGCUGGGUUGUUGCCGGAUUUCAUUAUUUUGAAUAUUUUAAUUGAAUGCUUAAGCAAAAUGGCACGCGAUUCUGAUGGUUUUGUAGUUCUUGGGAGUAUUUUAAGGAGGGGUUUUUACCCAAACGCUUCGACUUUUAACAGGCUGAUUAAUGGUCUUUGUAUGGCGGGCAAGAUUAAGAAGGCCAUUGAAUUUUUUAGGAAAAUGGUUUCGGUUGGUUGUAGACCGGAUGUGGUUACAGUUGGGACUUUGAUUACUGGGUUGUGUAGAACUGGUAAUGUCACUGUUGCCCUUCAGUUGUUUGAAGAAAUGAAUAACGGGAAUGGUGAAUUUGGUGUCAUUUGUAAGCCUAAUAUUGUUUGCUAUAAUACAAUUAUUGAUGGUCUUUGCAAAUAUGGGUUAGUAGACAAGGCAAAGAAACUGUUUUCAGAAAUGAAGACCAAGGGCAUUAAUCCAGACGUGAUUACUUACACCACUCUAAUUUAUGGUUUGUGUAAUACAUCUAAUUGGGAGGAGGCUAAAACUUUGUUUAUAGAGAUGUUGGAGGAAGGUGUAAAACCUAAUGUGGUGACAUUUAGCGUGGUAAUUGAUAAGCUCUGUAUCAAUGGAAAGAUGGACGAAGCCAAUGGGUUGUUCCAACUAAUGAUUAAUAGAGGUGUUUGUCCCAACACAAUAACUUAUAACGCACUUUUGAGUGGUUUUUGCUUGGCAGGUCAAAUUGAUGAUGCUAGAAGGCUAUUUGAUUCCAUGGCAAGUAUGGGGUGUAAGCCUGAUGUUUUUAGCUACAAUAUUUUGAUGGAUGGUUUAUGCUUGGCAAAUAAAGUUGGUAAUGCUAAGAAAUUGUUUGCUUCAAUGUUGAGGAAGGGAUGUAUGCCUAAUGUAGUUAACUACAAUACUCUGAUCAAUUGGUAUUGCAAGAAUCGAAAAGUUGAUGAAGCUAUGAAUCUUUAUAAGGAAAUGACUUUAAGGGGAGUUAGGCCAACAGUUGUUACUUAUAGCACCUUGCUAUCUGGCCUUUUUAUGAACGGUAAUGCCAUACAUGCAAAAAAGCUAUUUGAAUAAUGAGACUUUAAAAGUGGUGGAACUUCUUCACAAAA